UUAGAGGAUUGCCACUGCUGAGUGUCCGUUUAUAUUUGUAAUUCUUCGUGAUUACUCAGAGAAAGAAACCGGACAAUGAACCUGACCAUCGUUUUGGUGCUACUGGCUCUCGUGGCAGUGGCCUUUGCCCAGGACCCACCGUGUGACAUGAACAUGAGCGGCAAGAAAUGCGCUGCAGAGGAAGUAUUUCCAGCAUGCCUCGCCCCCUCCUUGAAUUGGGAGAACUGUGUGUGUCCUCCUGGAACCAGAUGUCAUCUUAUGGAGAAUGAUGCCUGCGCCUUCUCAUGUGAACCAGUUGGCGAUGAAGUCGAAGACAACAAUGCAGGAAUGGGUCCCGGGAAUGGCUUGGAUUAAUACAUCCCCACGGACGUUGUCCAAGAGAUUGAAUACAACUGUGUUUAAAAAUGUUGGCCACGUGCUUAUCUGAUAUUAGGUCUUUCUGAACAGUGACCUUGUCAACCAACCAUCGACUCUUUAACGUUUUACAUCUGCAUUUGGAUUAUGUUGAGGUACUGAUCUGUCGUUUAUUAAUAAGUGAAUAAUUAUUUUAAUUUGAACGCAAAUAGAUGUUCACUGCCACAAGGUCAUAUUGACCCACUAUCAAGGUCAAAGAUUACAGGUGCAUAUAUAUCCCAUAUCAUGUCGUUAUUGUUCAGUGUGACCUAAUUCUGAAACAACAUUGAGAUAUUUGUGAACACGUUAUGUGACCAGUCUCAAUAUUGAUUAAAGUAAUUUAUGAUUGUGUUUUUCCUGUUUGUAGAAAUAUUUUCCGACUUAAUUCUGAUAUAAACCACUGUGACCCAC